AUGGUGCUGGGACUUUUACUGCGCGAUGAAGAAGAGCAACGUUUAGCGUUCGACUUUGAAGUUUUACUAACUGAAGAUGGUGAUGAACGUAUUGAUCUACAAAAACAUCGUCAUGGUGCUGUCGUGGGUGUUGGUGGUGCUACAUUUGGUCAAACAACCGUAAAAAAAGAUUUUAAACGAGGGACAGUAGUCUGUCGUCAUUGGUUACGUGCAUUAUGUAUGAAAGGAGAUAAUUGUGAGUUCUUGCAUCAAUAUGAUAUGUCCAAGAUGCCAGAAUGUCGUUGGGGAAUGGAAUGUCAAGUCCCAGAAUGUCCAUUUCGACACGUCCCGGAUGAAGAACGUGUGGAAUGUGCUUUUUACAAACAAGGUUUUUGUUCUCAUGGAUCAAGUUGUCGUUAUCGACAUAUUAAAUUAGCUCGAGAAGAGUGUCCAGAGACUGCCGACUUUGCAUUACAAUCGAAAGUAGCAGAUGAAGAAAAUGUGAAGCGUCGAAAAGCACAACCAGUAAAUGAAUUUUUUAAGAUUGCAAUUUGUAAACAUUGGGAAAAAGUCGGAUCGUGUCCUUUUGGCGAUGAAUGUCAUUUUGCUCAUGGAGAUAUGGAACUUCGACCAUUUCCUAAAGGUGAGAAAGAAGAAAAAGAUGGACGAGGAGGAAAAUCAGGACAAUUUGGAGGAUUUCAUGAAGCUCGUGAAGUGAUCUCUGGUCCACCUUUGCCGGAUGAAGGAAAGAUGGCCAAAUACUUUUUAGUGCAGUCAGCCAGUUAUUUGAAUCUUGCACAUUCAGUACAUUAUCAGCAAUGGAGUGUACCCUCGGGAAUAGCUCAGCAGAUUAAAAUGGCGGCUGAAGCAUCGUAUGAGAUCUUUUUAUUCUUUACGGUCGGAUCUAGCAAACAUUAUCAAGGUGUAGCACGUGUUGUUAAUGAGGCUAUUGGUGAUUAUGAUACGUCAGUUGGAGAAGAUUUAGCAUUGAACGUUGUGCCAUACGAAGCAGAUGGAAAAUGUAAGUGGAUGGGAGCAUUUUCUAUUGAGUGGCUUCGUAUAUGUGAGUGUCCAUGGGAUCGACUUGCUCAAUUUGAAAACAAGCUGCUUACUGUUCCAGAAUGUCCAAAUGGCCACGAGCUAGACUCAGAUACGGGACACUCACUUGUCCGACUACUGUAUAAUCAGCCUCAAAUUCAACUUCAUUAUCGAUCUGUAGAAGAUGAAAUGAAGCUUUUGGGUGGCGCUGAAGAGCUCGCGACUCGGCGGCGAGAAGCUGCAGAAAGUUUGUUUGGGGCUCCUAUUGGACCUGGAUUUAAUGGAUCUGCACCACCACGAUGGAAAGUUACUCAGCCUGGAUUUGUAUUUACAUGCGUUGCACAGACAAUUGACGAGUGCUUCGGUCGCAUGUUAUUUGGCCUUCCGCUAGAACAAGACACGCUUGCUCAGCAGCACGUGAGUCCUGGUACCCCACUAUACCUUCUGAAUCUAUCAGAUCAACAUCUUUUAGGUAUUUUUGAAGCAAUUUCUCCUGCUCUUGUUAACAUGAUGCCGGGUGCAUUUUGCCAUGGACCAAACAUGUCGUCGCCAUUUCCGGUUCAAGCUCGCUUUGCUGUCAUGUUAAACGCACCCGCUUUGCCAAUAUCAGACCCUCAGAUCAAGCAAGUACUUGGAGACAAUAAACUAGAUGCUGGUCCGCUGUCGUUACAAAUCACUCAGCAGCUCGCUGACAUCUUUGCUGAGCGCAGUGGUGCUGCAUUUCCACUUAAUGGACCGCCAUUGGGUCCGGACCUUUUUCGUGGUAAACCAGGAACGAGCACGACUGGUGGUCGACCAAGUCAAGAUGGACCCAAGGACCCCAAUGAGCCAGCAUUUCUUGAAAAACUAAUUGUGGGUAUUGAAAACGACAGCGAAUUUGGAGUUACACGUCGUAUUAUUGGACCUGCUGGAUCGAAUAUGAAACGUAUUAGUGUUGAGGCCGGUGGCAAUGCCAAAAUUCGUGUUCGUGGUCGGGGUUCUGGGUCCAAGGAAGGAGGUCCAGAAGAUGUAGACGAGCCACUUAUGGUUUUAGUAUCUGCAGAAAAUGAACGCAGCUUUCGCAUCGCCUGCUCACUCACGACAGAAUUGUUAGCUGCUAUUCACCGCGAUUAUCAAAUGUUUUAUCAGCGUGGACCACCUCCACAUUUUCGCGGUGGUGGCCGAGGUCCUCCCAUGCGUGGCCACUUUUAA